AUGACAAGCAUCCCGGAAUUGGAUGAUCUUAGGCGGUUUCUCUUUUUGCUUCCUCGAAAGUCCAACUUUCAAUUCACCAAGGAGACUCGGAAACAAAUAAGAAAGGAACUCUUUUGCACACUCUCCAAAAGAACAAAAUACAUCAAUUGGAUCUUCCCGAACCUAGAACGUUCCAUCGGAACCAACGAUAAGCUUACGGUCUUGGAUAAGGAACUCGACUGGAGCUUCUCUAAAUAUUUCAAGCGGGUCUUGAAAUCUCGUGGCGAUACAAACUCCCAUGAUGAUCGGGCCUACCAUGUCAACUUAGCGUGUGCUAGGAUCUUCCGUAAGGGUGAGCCCAUUUAUCGGUGUUUGACUUGUGGCUACGAUGAUACCUGUGCGCUCUGUUCUCAUUGCUUCCGAGAAGAGUACCAUGUGGGUCAUAAGGUCAACAUCAACAUAUGUCAGCGAGAAAAUGGAGGAGUAUGUGACUGUGGAGAUCCUGAAGCGUGGGUAAGGGACUUUGUGUGUCCCUACACGAAAUAUCUGCAUAAUAAUGACGAUGUUUCUAUGGAAAAUGAUGGUAGUGAUGGUGUUGCUGACGGGGAUUCAUUGCUCAAGAGCGAGAUGCCUAAAGAGUUGCAAAAACUAUUACUAGGAGUAAUGGAGAUCCUAUUGGACUACGUCAUUGACGUGAUGACCUCGAACGACUUGCACUUUUACGACUUCAACUCCACAAAUAUAAGUACUAUUACCAAGUACUCCUUUUAUGGGGAAUUGGACGGAGAGAAAUACGAUACCCGUGGCAUGAGAGACGUUUCUGAUGGCAAGUUCGCCCUCAUGGUGUACAAUGACCAAGUUAGACACUACAGAGAUGCAGUUCAAAGAAUCAGAUUGGCCAGUAAGAAAGUUAAAGCAUUUGCUACAAUGGUAACAGAUAGACUCCAGAGUUAUGGUAAGGCCAAAGUGUUGGUAACUGAAAACUUGGAACUCCUUAGAGAACGACAAAAGAUUUUAUCUGCAACCGGCUUGGCCACAUGUAUCAGAUGUCUGCGUGAUGUUUUCCGAGAAGAAAUGGUUGACGAGAUAGUGCGAUGGAUAUGUUCGUUUACUGAGUCGGAGUUAUUCAAAUCAAACGUGACUACAAAGGAUUUACUAUGUCAGGCCUUUUGUAAAAGGUGGAAGAAAGGUCUAGCUCAACCUGAAAGGAUAGCCUUAUCCACUGAAUACAUCUACAGAACAGGAACAUUAGAUUUGAAAUAUAACAUUCCCAAAAUACAAACCACCACCAAGGAAUCAUUACGCAAAGAUGACCAUUGGUAUCAUCAAGUUGAACGUUGGAAUUUACCCGAAAAGCUUUGCCAAACUUCGGAGUACAAUACCGAUACGACAGACUUACAACCCAACACAUGCCAUUUGGGAUCUAGAUUCCAAUACUUUAUUUAUUUUGAUAUUCGAUUCUGGAAAUCCAUUCGAACGGUUCUUCAUGAUAUGUACUCAUGUUCUGUGAUCACCAAUUUAAACUUCAAGAACGUAUUAUGUGCUCAAUACGUUGACAUUUAUCCAACUGUGGCUGAUAUGUUGUUAACAAAAGACAGAGAACCCGAGACCAAUGUAAUGGGAGUCUUAUCUACUCAAAUAUUCACAUGUCCUUCCAAUUCUACGUUGAUUGUUCAACAUCAUGAUUUAUCCAGGAUUUUUGCUUCCAUAUACAGUUUCCUUACAGAAGAAAGAAUCAGAACACUGGACGAUAUUACUAUCACUCAUAAAAUUUCCAUCUGGAGCUUGAAGAUCCGUCGUUGGUGUCAAUGUUUUUUUGAUGUUUCAUAUAUACUUACUCGAAGCAAUGAUUUUAAGUCGAUAGUGGAAUAUAACAUCAUCCCUAUGGCAUGUGAUAUAAUUGCCUUAUUCCAAGGUCGCCCAGUGAUAAUUCGGGAGGGGAAGACUCAUGUGGAGUACGAAAGUCCUGAUUAUACUGCGUUCUUUCAGAAUGUACCUGUGAUUUACCUGUUUGCAGAAAACAUAGCCCAUUGCUUUUCUACAAUGAAGAACAUCAACAAACAUGAACAGAAAGUGUUAUGCAAAAAUGCCAUAAUGUAUGUGGUGACAUUCUUAUUGAAGUUGGAAUCCAAUAACUACCCAGGUUUACUGGAUGAUACUAUAGAUAUUGACUUGAAGGUCCAAAGGAAUGCCAAAAGAGACCCAAGAAGCAACGAAUUAAUUCAAGAAUACAGAAUCGACAAAGAAAAGGUCAGUUUCUUACACCCAUUACAUUCCCUUCUUGCAUUUUUAAUUCAAUUUGCAGAGUUUGAAAGUUCCUUCGAAGUCAAACAAAUAAUUGACGAUACAAUCAACAAGAUGGGCCAAACAAACAUACCCAACCCAACAGUAUCGAUUUUUGACUACUCAGUAAGAACCAUCGUUUUAAUGUCACAAAUCAAAUCAGGGUUUUGGGUUAGGAAUGGGUUCAGUGUUCGGUCCCAAUUGCAACUCUACAGAAACACCAACCUUAGAGAGUGUGGUUACAUGCGAGACUUGUUCCUUAUUCAAGUGUUUGUAAACACUUAUGAGCCCGAUUUUGUAUGUAAUCUCCUCUUCGACAGAUGGCAGCUAUUAGAAGGUUGGACGUUAAAGAGCGGCGGGUUCCCCAUAGACCAAAAUGAAGAUGCUAUCUUUCCCUAUGAUCAUCAUACAUUGUCAUACAUAUUAGAUGAGUGUUUGAACUUCUUCAUCCAGCUUCAAUCGGAGGUCUUGUAUUUACGGGGACUUAAGGAGAACAACCUUAAUGAGACCCACAUAAGAAAUGAGUUGAUCCAUAAUUUAUGUUUUGGUCCUAUGACAUAUUCCAAGCUUUGUUCCAAUAUUCCAGAACAUGUGUCGAUGGAAAAGCGAUUUGAUUUGAUGCUUCAAGAUGUUUCAACCUUCUCUGCACCCACAGGAGCAAAUGAUGUUGGUAUGUACAAGUUGAAGGAUGAGUUCAUUAACGAGGUCAAUCCUUAUUACUUCAACUACACAGCCAAUAUGAAGGAUGAUGUAUUAAAGUUAUUGAAACAUCGUAUCAUGAAGAAAACCAACAAGACCAUGAAUAAGAUAGUCAUUGAGCCCAAUUUAAGAAAUGCAGAAGAAUUAGGAAUAUAUCGCCAUAUUGGGAACUAUUCCUUAUCCAGUUACUUCUCUGACUUUAUUAUCAAGACGUUGCUUUACAUUGUGGAUCAAGGAGUCGACAAGAGUGACAAUUUAUUGGAAACAACGUUACAUUUGAUCCAUAUUUGUGCGCUAGAACGUUACAUCAACACAGAUGAUGACAACAAUACAGGGAAGACUUUUUUUGCAAACUUCACUCGUCAAUCUGACAUUCACGGGACUACUAUUGCCCAAUUGCUUUUCAACAUGUUGGAUGGAGAGGCCAUGAAGGACCACCGAGCAAAGAUCCGGUCUAUAUUUGCUAUUUUCGACACCAAGUACUCCAACGUCAACAACAUGCUUCUGGGAUGCAUUUCGCAGUUUGAUUCGAUUAAACUAACAGAUAAAACCAAUGAGGGGGACCCCCAGAAGGCCAUUUCUCGGAAGAAAAGAAUUGCAAAGGAUAGACAAGCACGAUUAAUGGCCAAAUUCAAAGAGCAACAGUCUCUGUUCCUUAAACAGAAUCAAAAUGAAAUAGAAGAGACUAGUGAUGUUGAAAUGGUAGAAUAUGGUGAUGAUGAAGGCUGGCAAUUUCCAGAACCUCACUGUUUGUACUGUCAAAAUGCUCUGGACAAUGCAGGGCCCUUUGGAAUCAUCACCUAUGUGUCCAAGUCAUCUGAGUUUAGAAAGGUCCCCUUUGAUGACCCUUAUUGGUUUAUGAAGGCCUUCUCUGAUAGUCAUAAUUUGGAUAAUGAUGAAACCACAAAGGAAGAAGCUGAAGACGAAACAUACUCGGAGAAAUGGAAGCAGUACAUGAAGUGGAUCCGGGAAUCCAACGUCAUGGGUCCUGGGUUUUCAAGCCAUAAACAUGUUGAAAGUAAGGUUGUAUCUCAAAGUUGUGGUCAUGGAAUGCAUUUCCAAUGCUACGUUAACUUCCUCAACACUAAUAGGAACAAACAGCAACAGAUCUCCAGAAAUGUACCUGAAAGCAUUGAACACCGAGAGUUCUUAUGUCCCUUGUGCAAAGCUAUUAACAACAUGUUUAUUCCUAUUCUUUGGGUUCCCAACAAGAAGUCACUUGAGAAUUUUGUUCUGCCAUUAGAAGCUACUGCCACUGUCAAUGUGUUUGAGCAAUUGGGGAACCAAGAUCUCCAUGAACCCAAAUGGCUAGAGAAGUUUGGGUCUUUGGCCACCAAAGAUUUAGAAGAGUUGUCUCAACUCACAGCCACAGCAAGUAACAUGAUUGGGCAGAACUCCAAGGAGAUUACGACUUCUGACCAAAAGAGUUUCAGAUCAAUGUUAACCAAUAUGUUUCAGAUAUUAACCCUAUUAGUGUUCCCGCGAGUGUUUAAAGCAGAUUCUACUUUAAUCUUGACUAACACUAUCAAGUCCACAGAAAUAUCUUUGAGAGGUCUAGGCUCCAUAAGCUGUGUGAUAGACCAAAUAUCCAACAACGCUCUUUUGAACCUCCGCGCCAUCAACGAAUUCAGAAACAACGUUCUCUUGAUGAAGAUGAAGAACUGGCUCUCCACCCCUGCAGCCAAAGCAGACGUCUACAUGAAGUUGCUCACUGGUCUCAGCCAACUAUCCAAUAAGCAAUUACCUUUACAAGUACAAAGUGCUGAUUUCUUUGAGAUUCUAGUGAAUGUCAUUCCCUUACCCAGUUUAGGGUUCCUGUUCAAUGCCAUCUUUAAAGCGUGUUUUGUUGGUCAUAUCUUGCAGGUGCUUAGUAUUCUUGUCACUAAGUUGAACACAAGCAACAGUAGGACUGACAAUGAACAUUACGGUUUAAGAGAUAUACCCUCUAUGAUGAACUCCAACAACGGUAUUUAUACAGUAGAAGUUUUCCGGAGACUAUCCGAAGCACAUGGCUUGGAUCACGUCAAUGCUGACAUUGGAGCGAUACUCUAUACGAUGCUUAUCAAAUCUGUUACCCCAUUUCUCCGUCGAGCAGCGAUCUUAGCCUAUGUUAACUGUGCAGACAUCGAGUCACUACCAGUGUUUGAAAGCUCACAACGUCUCGAAGCAGACAGACUCUGUGACAUCUUAAAGGUGCCCUCGGUAGCUCAAAUGCUACAGGAGUUUAUCCAACCAGAGGGUGAUAACUGCUACAAUGGAACCAUCUUCAAUUCCUACGUCCAACAUCUCAAGUCAAGACAGACUGUUAAUUCCAAUGCUAAUGCGAUGCAAUUGGAACUCAAAUACGAAUUGGAAUAUCCCGGGAUCGUCAAGUUAAUCGACCUCCCGGACCGACUUGACUACUUCUUCACUAACUACUACUAUCUGGACAGAUACAACAACCCCCACACCCGAAUGGAGAACCCGGCGAUCUGCUUGUACUGUGCAGAAGUUAUGGAUGUGCAACGGACUUCUAUUGGCGAACAAGAAGGUCAAUGCACAAUCCACUACUUGAAAGAGUGUGCUGGUUGUGUUGGGUUGUUCUUGUUACCCAAAGAUAGAACCAUACUAAUUUUAACUAGAAACGGAGGUUCAUUCCAUGCAGCUCCGUAUUUGGACAAGCACGGUGAAUUACCCAGUGAGAUGAAGAAGUCUAAGCCACUAUAUUUGAUGAGACCUCGGUACAACGACUUCUUGAGAAACGUAUGGCUACUGCAUAACGUUGUCAAUUAUGUUGCCCGGAAGUUAGACAGUGUGGUUGAUGCUGGAGGUUGGGAUACUUUAUAG